CUGCUUUAGUCCUCCACCAUAAGCAAAUUCUCAGAUGUCUCUGCACGCGUCUCAGCCAUCAUGAGAAGGCAGCCUGCUCCUGCGUGAGCCCCGGACAGAGUGAAGCAGAAAGAGAUUCAAAGAGAAUCAGCAAGGAAAAGGGCAGGAGGGAGAGCAGGAGAAAGAAGAGGAGAAGGCGAAACACAUACAUCGUUUCUGCUCAUGAGCCCAAUCUGGUGUGUUUAAGCUCAAGAAGAGAAGAAAAAGAGGGAUGAAAAUAAAUCCGUGGACCUUGGCAUCUCUUUGUCUUCGCUUUUUUAAAUUCAUUCAAUGAAUGAAGGCAGCUCCUACUAACACGGCAGAGUAAAAGAAAGAGAUGCUUUGAAGGCUGUCUGUCUUUUGACAAGGGUGCAAGAAAGAGAAACGGGGGGAGAGACGGUGUAAAGCAGGGACAAAAACUGGAUUUCUAGGAUGACUCGGAGUCGACUCUGGAGCUUGGAAUACGAGCCUCAAGCUGAAGUCUCUGAAUGAGGGGCCAGGUCUGAGAAUGUAAAACCAUAGGGAGAUUUCGGAUGUCACUCAUGACGCAUCUUCCAUUGCGUUUGACCAUCUUGAGCUGCGAACAUCUCUGCUCCGCAUACAGAAGCGUCUACAGUCAAGCUCGAGACAAAAGCUGGUGAUAGUAUCCGCCGGCACAGGAGGACAGAAGAACACUGAAGGAGGGGCCUGUGAUUGCUCCUGCUUGAUCGUGGCUUUUGGUGGCCUGCGUGUGCAAGCAGUCACAGGGAGAAACGGGUGAUGGUGAAGUAUCAUGGAGACAGACACCGUUAGGUAGCCCAUCGAGCAUGGAGUUUUGCCUUCUCAGCCACACAUCAACAGCACCGCAAUGAACCAGUUCUGACUGUGGAUAAUCCAGAGCCAAACAACCAAUCAUUGAGAUGCCGAAGAGAAGAGAUAUUCUUGCCAUCGUGUUGAUCGUGUUACCCUGGACUCUACUCAUCACUGUUUGGCACCAAAGCGCUAUAGCUCCACUCCUCGCUAUCCGAAAGGCCUGUCACCACCUAGUAAAAGAGAUCUUUAUCAUUCCAGAGAGGCUUGUGGUCCACCCCCACCGACUCUCAGAUGAAGGCGCCGAGGGCAGGAGGGAGGCUGGUGGUCAGGACUCCAAAGAAUACUGUGCCUCAGAUAAGGACAUCGUGGAAGUGGUGAGGACAGAGUACGUGUACACGCGGCCUCCACCCUGGUCAGAUGUGCUGCCCACGAUUCACAUCAUCACUCCCACAUACAGCCGGCCGGUGCAGAAGGCAGAGCUGACACGUAUCGCAAACACCUUCCUCCAUGUCCCCAACUUGCACUGGAUUCUGAUAGAAGACUCGCAGAGGAGAACUCCUCUUGUCACAAGUCUCCUCCGAGAGACAGGGCUGAACUACACCCACCUCAAUGUGGAGACUCCCAAGAACUUUAAGGUACGAGGUGACACUCGUGACCCCAGGAUUCCCAGAGGAACCAUGCAGCGGAACCUGGCCCUGCGUUGGCUUAGGGAGACCUUCAAAAACAACAGCCAGCCGGGCAUCGUCUACUUUGCAGACGAUGACAACUCCUACAGCCUGGAGCUAUUUGAGGAGAUGAGGUCAACUCGGAAAGUCUCAGUGUGGCCUGUGGCCUUCGUGGGUGGCCUGCGCUACGAGUCCCCCAAGGUAAACGCAGCCGGAAAGGUCUACGGCUGGAAGGCGGUGUUCGACCCCCACCGGCCAUUUGCCAUCGACAUGGCUGGCUUCGCCAUCAACCUGAAGCUCAUCCUCUCCAAGCCACAGGCAUACUUUAAGCUCCGUGGGGUAAAGGGAGGCUACCAGGAGAGUAGCUUGCUCCGAGAACUUGUAACACUCAAUGACCUGGAGCCAAAAGCUGCCAACUGCACUAAGAUACUCGUUUGGCACACAAGGACAGAGAAACCCGUCCUGGUGAAUGAGGGGAAGAAAGGAUUCACAGAUCCAAACAUGGAGAUUUGAUUGUACUUUCCUCAAACUCUGAUGGUGGGCCUUGCAACUGCAGUGGGGGAAAACAGUCAAGUUUCUAUAGAACUGUUCAACUGUGAUGAAGUCUUAAUUCUAAGGAAACAAAACGGAGGAAUAUGACAUGGAUUUAAAAAAUAUUUUUCAAAUAUGGACCAAAAACAUGUCAACUAUAUCAUAUCAAAGCACAGCAGGCAGAGGCAGCAGUCGUUCUUCAGAUCUACCACUGAAGAGCAAAGAGGAUGGAUCUCUAAUGAGGUUUACCUCCACCUUCUCCGGGGUUGGGUGGGACAGCACAAUAUGAAAAGCAUACAGCCAGCAGACUGGAACAAGCAAACAGGUCUGAAAACUACCCUUCCUCUGCAAAUAAUGCAAAGGAUCUGAAAGAAAUGGACCAGCGUCUACACAUUGCACACAAAAGGAGAUUCAGGAUGUGGUACACAUCAUCAGUGCUGGAUUUAGAAAAAAAAAAAAAAGUUGAGUUCAAUUUCAGCAAGGAAGAAAUGUUUAAAUAACUGCAAAUGUUUGCUGUAAUUUAAUUUAACUGGUUUAGGAGUUUUAUGAACACUUGAACUGCUAGUUCACCUGUAUUGACUCUUGUCUUCAUGUCCUGUUGGGUUUUCAUUGUCAAUUUUACACCAUCAUUAAAACUCAUACAUAUACAGUGGGCCACAUAGGCACGUACAGUUAAAAGAGAAAUUCAACCUUGGUGUUCAACUUGAGAAACAUAGUUAUCUAAAACUUAACACUCUUCUUAGCAUUUAAAAUUAACAAGGGGUUUUCUCUUGAGGAAGGGUUUAUAGAUAGUAAACAAAUAUGAGACCAAUCGGAGGCCUGGGGGAAAAUUUUGACAAAUGCACUGAACCAUUGUAUUUAUGUGUGAAUGCAAAGCUAUUAAAUUAUUGAAACUGAAAGAUAAAACUUAUUUACUGUCUGCACUCGUCUUAUAGAAUACUGGUGGAAUGUGUGAGACUUGAUUAAGAGAACAUUUAGUUUGCGGCACCUUCAAAAUGAAGAAUCUUUCAUUCAAGCUCAGAUUCAUAAACGUCAACUCCUACAGAGGCCCAAAAGUGUCACAUUGAAAUUCAUUUAUUAGAUGAGAGGAAAAAAAUACCUUCCCAAAUACAUGAUUAAGAAAACAUGUCAUUCAUUAACUAAUGAUUUUGUGCUGCAGUGCAAAAAUCAAUUUAGUUUUUUCUCUUCUUUCUGUAUGCCUGUCAGUCCGCAGGCGGAGCUGAUGCAGAUAUUCUGAAGUUGACCCAUUUGGUCUGAAGGAAAUUCUUUCACACACAUGGACUCUCUUUGGUUAGGUAUCUUUCUCAUUGCUGUGACAAAUGAUGAUAAACAAAAUAUCUCUCGCAAGGCAAAUAGAGAUUAAAAACAUGUGGGAACACCACCUUUAACAAAUUAAACAGUCUUUCAUAGGAGAAUCUUCAUCAUUUAGUUGACUGAGCGUGCUUCUUCUAUCUUACCUAGAUUAAUGCCAUAGCAGCACCACCAGGAAUAGGCUGGAUGUUUAGUCCUCCAGAAAGUUUUUUAAACAGUGUCUAGAUAAUAACCACUCAUAAUUUUGGGGGUUGAUGGGAUUUCAGAAGAUUUGCCUUGGCAAGCUUCUAUGGCUGGAACAGAAAUUUUGGUUGAUUCAAAUAAAAAAUUAACACUCCUUAGGUUUUUUAAAAGGAAGCCUAUUCUUUGUAAUGUCAUGUUAUAAAGAGUCUACUCACUAAUGUGCUGAUCUGAUGCAGCUAUUUAAAAAAGUGUUGAUGAUUCUGAAAUAUUGCAGCUCUUCUCAUUUUACUGUCCAGAUUCUGGAUUCCGGUAACAUUUGAAGAUGGGACUGAGAGUGAAUGACCGAUAUUCAAAGUGUCUUUAUGAGCAACAGAAAAGCAAGUAAACAUCACAAAACAAAUAAAUAUUGCUACUAAUCAAAUAUGGUCUUUUGCUAAAUUAGAAUCCAUUCACCACUAAAGUCUUAUUGUUAAUCACAAUGACAAGUCAGACUACUUUACAAUGCACUGCAGUACAUUAACAAAUGAAAUGACCCAUUUUGGUAAAUUCUGUUAUAUGUCUUUAUGUAUUACUUUGUGGCACUUUUGGUCCUCCACAUAUCUAAAUCCUCAGUCUGUUAUUUUAUUUUGUCUGGGCGCGUCAAAUCUGCGUCAGAUAUUGGCUAAAUGCCAUUAUCUAUGAAUAUUAAAAAUAAAAUAAAAAAUGAUCAGAAAUCGAGUUUAAAAAAGUAUAAACAUUAAUGCAUGGCCCUGAAAAUGUGAUAUAUGUAAACAAAAAAAAAAUUGAACAUUCAGCUCUGAAGUCAAUGUAGGCAAAUGAAAAGCACAAGAAAAAUAAUAAUGUUUUUUUUUUUGUCUGGUUGCAAUGUGGACCCAGUAUCUUUAGUACAACUGGUAAUAUCUGAUGCAUUAUUACGUAGGCUCAUGUCAAACAUUAACUGGACCACCGAGGAGAGUGUCUGCAGCUCUAACGAUAGACAUCAGUAGUAAUCAGGCAGUACAGCUGAUCAUUUUUACAAAGUUAUUCCACACCUCACAAUAUAAUGGAAUCUCUCCUCUUCUGGACAGAUCAUCCAUCUGCAAUACCCAGUGGUGGUCCUGAUCUAUUGCUGUCCCGCUGUAGAAACUGGAGAUAAUUUAAACACUUAAGCCUCAGUGCUUUACCUGACUCCUUCUGUGUAGCUCCCUAACUUCUGAGACAGAAUGUAAUGUUAACUGCUGCACAAUACAAAAAAAAAGAAGAAAAACGUAACCAGAUGUUAUUCUAAAGCUCAGCAAGAGAAUCCAAGUUAUUACACAUUUUACUUGGCACUGAUUAGACACACAUGCAGAAAAAUGGCUGUAUCUCUCUAACCACGCUAGGCUGCUUUCAUUGACCGCAUGAUAUUACCCCUGCACAGGGAUUAGCCAUGAAGAUCACCAGCUACCCUCCAGUUAUUUAUUCAGUGUCAAAAUUUAAUAUGUUUAUUUAUAUAUUUAUUUCAACUUUGGAUGUGCAAUUUAAUUACAGCAGCUGCUGUUUUUUUUUUUAUCUCUCUAGAAAAGCACGCUCUCACACAGCAUACGUGGAUUAUGUAGAUCGUUAUUAACAGAAUGGUGGCACAACGCUGAUAAUCAUGUUCCACCUGAAAGCGUUUCUUAUGAAAGAAUCCACCUGAAGUGUUUGGCACCAAAACAAAACAAUACUUGUGGUCUGAAGUGGAAAAAUGCCAGGGUGUAUAGAAACAUAAUGACAACAGGUGUUGCUUGUUCCCCCCUGACCAAGAUUCAGGGGGAAAGUAAAUUACUGUUCUUGUUUUCUGGAUAUUGCUUUUGUCAAGGUGCAGACUGACUAAUGAUACUGCAGUGUACAGAUCAGCAUGUGGUCGGACUGGUUGAAUACGGUUAUGUGAUGUAAUUUUGUGUGUUGUGUCAUAGAGCAGCAGAACAAUUGAAAGGGCUUCGCCUUGAACAUGUUACAAAAUUUCUUCACGUUUUUUUUUUUUUUUUUUUACUAUUUUGCAUAAAGCAAUAGUUUACUUAACCAGCCUUCCCACAACAAACACCAACAUCCUCUAAGGCACAAUACACUUUACACAUAGUCUUUUUUUAUCAUCUCCACAUCACCUGUUCUCAUUCACUUUUUAUGCAUGUGACUCUUAAGGUUGUUUAUUUGCCACAGCAGCUCUCUCAGACAAAUGUUAGUUGAAUCAAGAUAAAUAAAUAACUGAAAAAAAAAAAA